AUGAGCUGCGUCUCCUCAACAAAGGGAAGCAUGAUAAACCUAGCAUUCCUAUGCAUGGUGAGCCUUGCGCAGGCAAUUCUUUCAGGCGCCCAGAGCAGCCCGCAAGACUUCCUUCAACUCCACAACGAGGCUCGUCGGGCGGUGGGCGUAAGGCCUUUGCAGUGGGAUGCCACCCUCGAGGCAUUCGCGCAGAACUAUGCCCAGCAGAGGUUCGGCGACUGCGCGCUCAUCCACUCCGGCGGACCCUACGGCGAAAACAUCUACGUGGGCUACGGCGAAGGCUUCACCGACGCUGCGGCGGCGAUGAAGUACUGGGUAGACGAGAAGAACUACUACAAUUAUGAUUCUAACACUUGCGCGAUAGGGAGGGAGUGCUUGCAUUAUACUCAGAUCGUGUGGAGGAACACGCAUCGCGUCGGCUGCGGGCGCUCCCCGUGCAGCGACGGCAGCAGUGUGUUCAUCACUUGUAACUACGAUCCGCCGGGUAACGUGGCCGGACAAAGACCCUAUUAA